GUGAAAAUAUCUGAAUGCACAGAUGCCAUUAUCCGUGUGCGCCAACCAGUUGGAUUAUGAUGACCUAUCUAACGGCUUCUUUCUAUCUCUAUAAAUGCUUAAAGCGCCACACACUCUCAUUACUCACAGUGAUGGAUAAUAAUACUAUCUCCGACUUGAUCCAGUUCAACGAUUUGAUACCCAAGUUACCGAGCGAACUCGGACUCGAGUGCCUCACUCGUUUGCCCCACUCAGCGCACCGAGUCGCCCUCCGAGUCUGCAGCCAGUGGCACUGCCUCCUCCAAAGCGACGCGUUUUACUCCCACAGGAAGAAAACCGGCCACACCCGAAAAGUCACGUGCCUCGUUCAGGCGCGUGAGGAUCAACCGCUUCAGGAGAAAAACAACGCUUCGGUUGCGUCGGUUUACGGGAUAAGCGUGUUCGACCCGGAGAGCAUGACAUGGGACCGGGUCGACCCGGUUCCGGAUUACCCGUCCGGGCUGCCGCUGUUCUGCCAGCUGGCGAGCUGCGACGGGAAGCUUGUGCUGAUGGGAGGGUGGGACCCCGCAAGUUACGAGCCUCUGACGGCAGUGUUUGUGUACGAUUUUCGCACGAGCGAGUGGCGGCGGGGGAAGGACAUGCCGGAGAAGCGGUCUUUUUUCGCCAUCGGGGCGGGGGUGGGCCGGGUUUAUGUAGCGGGAGGGCAUGAUGAGAAUAAGAACGCGCUGAGUACGGCGUGGGCUUAUGACCCGAGGAGUGAUGAAUGGGCCGGGCUGGACCCGAUGGGCCGAGAGAGGGACGAGUGCGAGGGGGUGGUGAUUGGGGAUGAGUUUUGGGUUGUGAGUGGUUAUUCCACGGAGAGGCAAGGGAUGUUCGAUGGGUCGGCGGAGGUGUUGGAUAUCGGGUCGGGUGGGUGGAGGGAAGAAAACGGGUUUUGGGAAGAGGGUCAGUGUCCUCGGUCAUGUGUUGGGGUAGGGAAAGAUGGGAGAUUGGUGAAUUGGAGAGGUUGGGAUCCGGGGCUGAGGGUUGGGGUAUGUGGGGUUGCGGUUGGGUCCAGGGUUGUGUUGAGUGGAUCCGAUUACGAAGGUGCACCGCAUGGGUUCUAUUUGGUGGACAACCGUAAAUUGACAAAGAUAAAUGUGCCUGAGGGUUUCUCUGGGUUUGUCCAAUCGGGGUGCUGUGUUGAAAUAUAAGACACUUGUAAAGAUGCUACACUACCCUUCCAGAAAACCCAAAUCUGUGACUAAUUUUGUUUUCUUUUGCUAAAAUGGAGAUUUGUGCUUUUGAAUUUCCCAUACAAAUGUAAAUAGUAUAUUUGUUUUGCUAAUCGAAGGAAGCAACAUUGAGAUUAUCCAUAAUAA